AUGGGCCAGCGGGGCUCUCACCCAAAUGAGCCCGCGGGUGGCUCAUCGAAAGACAUCGUUGAUGGCCCCGUCAGAAAAAGAUCCUGCACCGACAUUCCAUGUGGCAUUCUGUUCUUCAUAUUCAUCUUGGGAUUUCUGGUCGUCACAUUGUGGAGUUUCGCAAUGGGCGACUAUCGGCGGGUCAUCUAUCCUACGAAUUCGCAGGGCCGAGUGUGUGGAAUGGAUGUUCCGGGCAAACCUUAUUUAUACUUCUUUGACUUGUCGCGAUGCUUCACUCUGGCACCUGUAUUGAUGAUCGUCGACUGUCCAACUCCUCAGGUUUGCGUGGAAUCUUGCCCGAAUUAUUAUUGGUCUUGGAUAUCACCCGUCCCUUCCCGUGAUCUCAUGAUUUGUCUCGAUGGAAAGAAUGCAAAUGCCCCGGAAUUCGCGAAUAUGUCUCAGUAUCAUGAUUCGCUACGUACUACUUUGUUUGGCCGCUGUAUGCCUAGCCAGUUGACUCGUUUGCUCACCAACGGAACGGAUCGUGUACACGACACGGAUGGCCGUCGGAUUCCAUUGAUGAACGAACAGAAGAGUCUGGUCAAUGGGACCUCUGUUGUGCGUGGUCGCAAUCUCGUCAUCCAGUUGACGGGAAUGUUCGAGGAGAUCGCCUCGGAUCUGGCUAAAAGCUGGCCCACUAUUCUCUUUUGUCUGGCUCUCACCAUCAUCCUUUCAUUCGUCUGGGUAAUCAUUUUGCGUUGCUGUGCAACCGUCAUGGUCUGGGUUGGACUGGCUCUGUUCUUUGUCCUCUUCACCGCGUCCACUGGUUUUUGUUACUACCGAUGGCAUCGUCUGCGGACCGCAGCGGAGGAAAUACCGUACGAACUCACGAUCGAUUUUUCCAUCUACUUUCGGUCGGCCUCUUUGUGGCUUGCUCUCGGUAUUAUCCUGUCUGUCAUGCUCGUUGUCCUUCUACUGGUGAUCAUAUGUCUUCAAAGUAGGAUCCGGAUAGCCAUUGCCAUGAUUGAUCAAACGAGCAAGGCACUAAUCCACAUGACGUCGGUGUUUUUCUGGCCUCUUCUGCCUCUCACACUGGAAUUGCUCGUGAUCGCCCAAGUGGUCUUUGUCGCCAUGUCCCUUCGCUCCAUUUCUGACCCCAUCGGCACAAUGGAUUCAAAUUCCACCACUAUGCUCUCCACCUCAUCCGAGGAUAAAGCUCGACGGGAUUUGAGAAACAUCUUCCAACUGAUUCCAUGCAAUCCCACAUCAGAUUCGUCCGCUGGCAAGGCAUGUCGGUUUCUGUAUUACGGUGAUCGAAGAUAUACCAUCUUCCUUCAAUUCUUCAACUUGUUCAUGUUCUUCUGGUCGGUCAAUUUCGUGCGCUCUCUGGCCGAAAUGACCCUCGCCGGCGCAUACGCUCAUUACUACUUCUCCCGACGUGCCCCCGCCUCAAUGCCCAGGUGUCCGGUUUGGUGGAGUCUCUAUCGUGCGGUUUGCUAUCAUUUUGGCUCACUGGCAUUCGGCUCACUGUUAAUCGCCUUGUUACAAUGGUUACGUGUACUGCUCGAGUAUGUGGAUGCAAAAUUGAAAAAGUACAACAACCUGUGCACCCAGACCCUAGUGCGCUGCUGUUGCUGUUGCCUGUGGUGUUUGGAGAAGGUGUUGCGCUAUCUGAACCGGAACGCAUUUAUUAUGAUUGCGAUCCACGGUCAGAGCUUUUGUUCCGGUGCCCAGUCCGCCUUCCAUCUACUACUGAAGAACAUAGUAAGGGUUAUCAUUGUGAAUGGGGUAACCAGCUUCCUGCUGUUCAUCGGCAAAAUGUCUGUGGUCAUUAUCAGUGGUAAGCAAUCAGGACUGUGUUGUCCAUUCUUUCCCUGA